AUGAUAUUUAAGUUUUUAAGAAAAUUCAAUUAUAAUUCCUUAAUGUGUGAGGAAAAUAUUUUUAUUAGUAAAAAAUCUACAAUUGAGAGAAAUAUAGAGUGUAUUUUAGUUAGUCUGUUGUUUACAGUAGUAUUGAUUUCAAUAUGCUUUUAUCUUAUAAAACUUAAUAAAUGGUUUUAA